UGAGGAGCCCAUUUAAAUCGAGGCCUGGGGAUCUCCUUCUUACGUCACAUAGAGCGUUGUCGCUUCCUACUCUAUGUCCUGGACCUGUCGGUGCCAGAGCCCUGGACCCAGCUGCAGCACUUGUGUUAUGAACUGGACCAGUAUGAGCCAGGGGUGUCCCAGCGGCCUCAGGCCAUUGUUGCCAAUAAGAUGGACCUACCAGAGGCCCGGGAGAAGCUGGAGACCCUGAAGAGCCACGUUACACAGCGGGUCAUCCCCGUGUCUGCUCUGAGAGGACAUAAUACUGAGGAGCUCAUCCUCCACCUUAGAGAGUUGUAUGAUGGCUACCUCCAGGGAGACAAAGGCAGAGGAGUAAAACCAAUUAGGUGGUAGAAGACAAAUGUGAUUGGAAUUGGACAAUGUAUUCAUAUUUAUUAUAAAUAAACUAAGA